AUGUUGUGUGCGACACUGGCCCGACUUCUCUAUUGCAGGCCAAAUUUCCCAAUAGCCGUGUCACAAUCGUUGAAUCCCCAAGCAACAGGAUACUCCGUCCGGUACCGUUCCAACUUCCUCCCGAAACACCGCUUCGCCAUGAGGACCGCCUAUUUUAAACAGUUGCCGGGCGAGGAACAGUGUCAGAUCAGCUUCCACCUGCUGCUCGACCAGUACAAGAUCGACAAAGUGUUCAACUUUAAUCGCAGCCUAACGGAACAGAUCGACAGCAGCCUGGAUCGGAUACGGGCGAAUGUGGAGAAAGAGUUUCAGAAGAAAAACAAACGGAAAAAGGUGAAAAAAUCCGUCGACAAUGCCGCGUCUGCGGGCACGGAACAGGCAGCGGAUGUGGUACCGGUAGUAGUGUCGCUCGGUACGACGGAGCAAAAGCUUACCAACAUGACUAUUGCGGAUGUGCUGGCAAAAUUCGAUGCUGGUGAGUUUCCCAACGCACAGCUUACGGUGUUGGACACAAACUUUCAAAUUUCCUACAACAGUCCGGAAGUGCAUGCGGUCAAGCUGCCUACUUCCAUGCUGGCCGACUUUUAUGUAUAUCCUUCCCGACUUGAGCUACACUUUGCGACACGUGAAUCAAGUACGUACUGUUGGUCUAGAGGCCAGAUGCCAGCGUCCGGUGAUGUGCAAAAAAUCCAAUGGGAGCAGGUUAGCACAGAUUUGACGUACAUGGUUCAGAAGAGUGAUGUUGGGUAUCACCUAAAAUUUAGCUGCACACCGAAGGAUGCUGUAGGUCGGACAGGUCCUACGAUGGAAAUUAUCGCAUCGCAACCGGUACAGGCAGGGCCUGGAUUGUGCCCUUUCGAAGUACGCCAUCUGUUCACACAGCAGAAGCUAAAAGAUGGCCAGUUCCGUGUGGUGUCCUACAAUUUACUCGCUGAACUUUACUCGGACAGUGACUACAGUAGAACAGUCCUGUUCUCGUACACUCCACAAUACGCGCUUGAAAUGGAUUAUCGGAAGCAGCUGUUUAUAAAGGAGAUCCUUGGCUAUAAGGGAGAUAUCGUGUGUCUACAGGAGGUCGAUUCGAAGAUAUUCAGCCUGGAUCUGGUGCCUAUUUUUCACCACAAAAAUCUAACCGGACACUACAAAGCAAAGCGAAACGUGGCCGAGGGUCUGGCAACGUUCUACGAUGUGAAUAAAUUCGAACUCGUCGAAAAGGAUGGCGUUAUUAUAAGUGAAAUUGUACAACGUUAUCCGGAGGUCUGGAACAUCAUACGGGACAAGAAACCGUUGGUAGAGCGUGUAGAAAACCGAUCGUCCGCAUUGCAGCUUACCUUGCUGCGUAGUAAGCACGACGCACGCAAACAUCUGCUGGUGGCCAAUACACAUCUUUACUUCAGCCCAGACGCAGACCAUGUACGUUUGCUACAGAUAGGAUUUUCCAUGCUGUACGUACGCGAACAGUACGAACGGAUUCGUCAACAGUACAAUCUGCAGGAAUCCGAUCUGGCGUUACUGUUUUGCGGUGACUUUAACUCGGUACCAGAGUGUGGCAUCUACAAGCUUAUGACGGAACGGUUCGUUGGACCAGACUUUAUCGACUGGCAGAGCAAUAAGGAGGAAGCGGUAGAGAAUGUAUCCCUAUCGCAGCCGUUCAAAAUGGCUUCGGCCUGUGGGUGUCCCGAGUUUACAAACUACACGAUAGGAUUUACGGAGUGCAUCGAUUAUAUCUUCUACCAGACGGACGUAUUGAACGUUAACGACGUUAUUCCGAUGCCAAGCAAAGAAGAGCUUUCAAUGUACGAAGCGAUACCUUCACCGGUGUUUCCUUCAGAUCAUGUGGCGCUGGUCGCCAACAUGGAGUGGGCCAAGUAG